AUGGCGGCUAUUCUGAUUGGGGGCCUUAUGGACAGUGUUCGAAGACCUGUGGAGGUGGUGUGCAAACAAAAACUAGAUCUUGCACCAAUCCCCCGCCACAAAAUGGUGGGAAAGAUUGUAGCAGUCUUGGACCUUCCUCUUCUUCUAGAGAAUGCAACCGGAAUCCAUGUCCGAGUAAGUCCUAUUUUCUUUUACAAGACUUCAAUUUAUCAAGUCCGGUGAAACCAAAACCGUAUUAAUGCCUUACAGUCAACACCCGCAUAUAAUAAGGACCUCCUGGCAGAAAUUUGCCACUUUAAGACGAGUUGGGCUCCCUCUUUAAAUAUUAUUAUUAUUAUUAUUAUUAUUAUUAUUAUUAUUAUCAUUAUUAUUAUUACUAUUAUUAUUAUUAUUGCCCCUUUUGCGUUAAUCCUCAAUCACUUCUUCAUGUUGUCGCUGGUGGUCAACAGUACCUUGAUCGCUUUACCAGGCGACACGACUCCAUCCCUUCAUUGCCAAGUCCCUUCAACCCGUAAUUAAUGUUCACUCUUCACUCUAUGCCGAUGUUAAUGGUUUUCUGAAUCCCUCAAUAAUAACUGGUGGAAAUUAUCGUCCAGAUCUUCUUUUUCUUAAUGCAGUCCACGUGCCUAUAUGUUCUAGAAUUAACAGUUGGUUUCGAGUCUAACCUUAAUAACAAUGCAGUUAGUAAAAAAUGAAAAAUAUCCGAACUUGAUCAAAGAAAUGAGUAGAAAUUACACACGUGUGAAGUUUGUAAAUCUCUCCACGAGCCCCCUUGGCGUUUUCUCCGACGAAUGCUCCACAUUCUUAGACAUGAUGAAUGACAUUGGCAUUGACGAAAAACAGCAACUUUAUAUAAUGAAGAAAAUGAUAAAUAUAGCCAUUAGAGCAACAUAUUACAUCUUUUGUUGUAGAAACAGGAACUGGGAUAGCCCCGAUUUACUGCAAUAUUGAUUUUAUUUUAUUUUAUUUUCCUCUCUUUUUUUGUGAAUAAUUCAAUCUCAAGCAGCAUUUGUGAAUUGCCUAUACGAAGCGAGAUUUACAAUUGUGCAUUCAAAAACACAAAUAAAGUUUCCAUUAUUAUUAUUAUUAUUGUUAUUAUUAUUAUUAGCCAAGCAAGAUCGAGCAGGUUCUUAUAUGUGGGUUAUUAUGAUAAACAAUUAAAACAAGGAGUGUAAUUUUCAUUGCAAAUUUAAGUAUAACGAGAACAUACUGUACCAAACUGUAUAUAAAUUUGGUAAUCAGUUUUGUUAGGGUUAUAAUAUAAUACAAUUGUAAACAGCAAACCCAAGUUUAUUUAUUUUUCUACUAAUCAACUAUCUAUUAUCUCCUUCAUGAAAAUUAAGAAGCUAUCCUAAUUUACAACCUACUAGUGCUAAAUUGCCAAUAAGAACCCCAAAAUACAAGAACCUAUUUUGCCAGACUUCAGAAAAAGUAGGUUCUUAUAUACGAGUGUGAUAAUACUGUACUUCUGUACUUCUGAGGUCAAAUUUUCUUGAUAUCGUAAUAAAUUAUAUAUUGACAUAAAGCAAAUUCCUAUAUUUAAUUCACUUUGUUUAAUCAGAAUCGAUUGAAUUAAGAGCGACGGUAAGAAAAAAUCGAGCAAAUUGAUUGUUUUCGUGGCAAGAGUUGGAAAAUCGAUUUCUUCACUUUUUUGUGAAAGAUAGCUUUAAGGUAGAUAAGAAACGUGACGUGAAUUGUUCCCGCCAAAAGCCUUUCAAUGAAAAAUAGGAACAUUGGUUUUCGAGGUCGCGAUCUCAAAAUGGACUAAAUUUUAACGUGAAAUUCCUUAACAUCAAGUUUCCCUGCGUUCGCAAACAAAGCCGCAUGGAGAAAUUUGGACACUUCCCAUCAACAGAAUAACUCUUUUCCCUUCACUAGAACAUUCUUUAAGGGCAUUAACGAGACUCCUCGAACUGGAAUAAUUCAAAAAUUAGGAAUAGGUUUUCACGAUACAAGAACGUAAAUUCACGGCGGCAAACGGCAAAAGUGAAUUUGUACCAUGUGACCAAGUUUUCCCCUUAUUUGUCGCUUAAUACGUUCAUUACCUCUACACGAAAAUUAAACUUUCAUGCCAGUUAUAUCCAUAAGAAAUUGUUUUGAGCAGUUUUUAUCUGCUCCUUUUCUAUUUUGAGAAUUUUCAACUUAAAUCUGACGUUUGCCGUUUGUCGUAAACACGACUCUAAAUCUCUUCAAUUCCUCAUUUUCGGCGACGAUAUUUAACGUGUGGUAUAACUCCAAAUUUUCGUCAUCCUAGUUAAAUCAUGCAUUCAGACAUUAAGCUAAAAACAUACCUGAGGGUUGGCUUCGCUUUGGGAGGAAAGUCUCUGAACGACGGUAUCGAUGUUCAUGGUAGGUCGGCGGUAAUUGUGUAAAGAUUCCAAUUUCGAAAGGCACAAAAGUUGAUAUUAGAACACUAAGUGCUAGGUUUUCUUACUUCUUGUAGGUUUUCCCAUUGCAAAUUUCCUUUCUCUAAUCAAAGAGUAGGGCAAAAAGUCAAACUGGGCCAAUUUUAGCCACUUUCAAACACUGAACUCUUAACUGCGCGGGCGACCCUGCGUAAUGAUCUGUUCCGUGACUGUUGUGACAUGACGUAUGUCUGCAGUCACGGAGUCACGGUUGUAACGCAACUUAGUAAAGUCUUGGCAGAUCGGUUAAAUUUCGAUGGCAAUGUUUUUAGGAGGAAAACCUCAAUCGUGCUACAGUUCUGGUACUCACUUUUUAUGGAAAAAGAGGACUUUGACAAUGAUAACUCAGUAAGGAUGAAGGAACGAGAAGAUAUUUCGCUUUCUUAUAUUUCGAAAUGUGAAAACUUCGAAACGUGGAGCCGUUAAAAACAUGUAAGCUAUUUUUGGUCUCGCUUCACUAAGGGAGCUUUCCAUUCAACAAAAAUCCCGAUUUGAAAUCUAGGAAAUUUCAUGUGCCCAGUGGGACGGCACAUUCCGUUUGCACGGACCAGAUCCAAGCCACUGCGCGUUUGGUUAUUGUACUUGCAAGCACGAUGCAUUGGGGCGGAGGGGCGGCACUUGGGACAACAGUUUUGUCAAAUGGAAAGAGACAUUCAGUCUGACCGACCGAAAUGACCAGACUGGUCAAAGUGGACCACCUUCAAAGGUGGUCAGAAAUAUUUUUCGCUCAUACCGAACUGAAAUGGUUCGUUCCAUUUGAUUUCUGACCGAACGUUCUGGAAUUUUGGGCUGAAUAGAAAGCACCCUUAAAUGCUUUCGUAUAAAGGCUACCUUCAACAAGCGAAGCCAAUCCCGGGUAAGACUAAUCUGUGGAACUACAGACCACGGAACCGCGGAACCGCAGAACCUGUGGAACCGGCGGAACCUAUGAAUAAAAAUACUGUUUUAUUACAACUGCCUUUAGUUAACGUGGUAAGAUAAUUUGUUAUAACCAAUUGUGACAUUGAUAGACUUUUCACAGUUCCCUUUCUUUUCUUCCGCAAAAUCGUCGAGAUCGAGCGCUCACCUUCACUGGCAGCCAUUUUGCAAUUGGCUUCAAAUGUAUCGGAGAGAGCGGGCCUCGAGGUUCCCAAACCGUCCUCCGCCCUUUAAGUAUAGUUCAAGCUAGAUCCGGUCAAGAUGGCCGCCUGUAGCGCUCGUUCUCGACGAUCUUGCGGAAAAAUAGAGAACUUUGAACAGUGUAUAACACCAUAACAUUAAGAGAGCUCUGGUUCUCGACGGGAAGUCCACUUAGCGAAUUUCCGGCUUGUGGUAUCUCCUGGUUGAGGAGACCGAGAUUGUACGUCUCGUAUACGUCGUAUUAUCAGGGCAAGGCCGAAUGGAAAAGCUCGUUUAGUGUGUAAGGGGUGACAUGAUGAGCGUAAAAGGUACUGAUGUUCGGUUGUAGGUUUAGAAUAAAGAACAAUUUCAAUGAUCGAUGCCAUCAUUGAGGGACACCUUGACGUAGAGAAAGGAGAAACAUUUGAAUGGGCACUUUGAUAUAAAUUUAAUAGUGGGAUGAAGGGUAUUCAGGUAAGAGAUGGAAUAAUACGUUUAUAGUAAGGAUAAAUUUGAAGAGGUCGCAAAGAUUCUGUGUGUAUGGUGGAUGUAGAGCGGUCACUAGAGGUGACGGUAGGUGCCAAUAAUACCCUCAUCGUUCUCUCAUCCUACUGUGUUUAAAUCUAUACCUCUCAUUUCCUUCCGACGACUACUAACAAGCCGGAAGUCCGCGAUUAGAGAACUUUCUGAUUUGGAACCAGAGCUCCCGAUCAGUGAUACUAAACCGAAAUCGAGAACAGUUUUCAGUGGUCUGUACUGUUAUCGACAAUAGCUCUCGACCAAUCAGCGGGUGAGAAAUCGCUCAGUCAUUGUAAAAAAUUAAUGGCAACUAAUUAUUUUAUCACGUUAGCCAAAGGCAUUUGUAAUAAAACAGUCAUUUCUUUAGGUUCCGUAGGUUCCUCAGGCUCCCCAGGUUCUGCGGUUCCACGGUCUGCACUCACGCAGAUUAAUCUUACCCGCCAAUCCCCAAGUAUGUUUUAGAAGAAUAUCUAAAUGUGCGAUUUAACUAGGAUGAAGAGAAUUUUGAGUUAAACAACAUGUUAAAUAUUGCCGUUGAAAAUAAGUAAUUAAGUAAAGUUUUUCUUCUCGUGAAAAUCUAUUCUUUUUUUGUAAUUAUUUCAGUUCGGCGAGUCUCAAUUCUCGAUCUUUGGUGGCUGUCGCUCUGAAGCUCUAUUUUAAUUUUGAAUCAAACAUAAAGUUCCCAACAGACUAAAAAAAUGACUGUGUGAUGUCAAGAGAUAUUCUCUCUUGCCGAUGUUUUAUAUGCCUGAUGGCAGAAAGUUUCAUUGUGUUGAUCGUGAGUGGAUCCUUAAGAACGUUUUCUCAUAUCUGCCAAGAGUUUUGUUGUUUUCCUAGGUUCAUAUGCAGUAGGAACAUAUUAUUUCCUCUAGGAAUAAAUAGACGUGACGAAGCUCACUGAUAUGAUACCACUUAGUCUCCUAUACCAAUAACAAUCCAUUGUUUUUCAACUUUUUCGAAUUCUUAUUUGUGACGAACUUUUAGCUUUAUUUCCAUUUUUAUUUUAGCACGUGAAGGUUGUUUUCAAACCGAAAUAUUGGGCAAUUUGUUUUAAUUUAUAUUUUUUUGUUUUAUUCUUUUGUUUACUUCUUCAUCGCCUUGCCGUAAGGAUCAGUUUGCCGUUUCAACAUACCACACGUUCCCUGCUAACACCAGGAAAAUGUGAUUUUUUCAAUGGGCCCUUUGCAAGUCGUCGGUCGCGUGGUCCAAAACCGCCAUGACGGAACGCAAGAAAUGUUUGUCUCAAUUGUCUGGUCGGUUAGGCUCGAUUUCCGCCGUCUCCCGGCUCUUUCGGGGGAUGAGUGCGGGCUCAUUUUCCCGAACAGCGGCAUGGUAAUCGAGCCCACUGGUCGGUAACAGUGCGUUUCGUGCGUUCCUGCAUGGUGGUUUGCGGCACGUGGAAGUGAAAACAAGCAUAAAAAGCGCUGUUGAGCAAAAGAAACAGGAACUCGGAUUAAGCUACUAACUAUAACUUGUAUUCUAUCUUAGCGAUCGUUGUCGUUAACGGAUCGCUACGAUAAUUGAACGGUUGCUUCCAAUCAAUCCGUUUUUCAACGAUCCUACCGAUCGUAUCAAUCUUACCGCAACCAGACCUUACAUGUACAUGCACCAGUAACAACAUGAACCUCAGUAAGCAGAAAAUCUGCUGAAGAAAAUUUGAGCCGUCGGAACGACACUACUGCUACUGCUGCGAGUUAUUUUACGCAGCUUAUUUACCUAAUCAAACGUCAAUCACUAAUGGAAAUGUCAUAUCAACGGAAAUUAUCCAUUGUUCAUUUUAUCAGGAAACAAUGUUUUAACUUAAACUUCGGAAGCGUGGAAAACGAGUCGCCGACACGAAGGAAGGGAAUUGAAGCCCAAACUUGUGAAAUUUUAUUGCUGAGAUUAUAUAAAAAUCAAGGCUUUGCUUUUUGUCACAUAUGUGUCAUUUCAAAGUGAGAUCAAGGCUACGAUCGAGUCUUACAUGUAAGCUUUAAAAUUUUGCUUUUAAGAAUUAACUUAGCGUUAAGAGAGAAGGAAUGCAGGAAAAAAUAAAUUGUCAGGAAUCUAUUUAUUAGCUCAGUUACGCUGAAAGUGGAGAAAUUGCUUAACUGCAGGUCGAACGAUGGUUUUGGCUAAAAGUAAGCAUAUGAAAAUUUCCUUCAUUCGACUUUUUAGCGGUAAAUGUUCUGGGAGCGUUUCUUUGUUGAGACGUUUCUGAUGAUUGCAGUAAAUAGAAAGAAGUUAAAUGCGGUCUAUAGCGCCUUUCCUUCAAGUAACUUGAGUCUAAAAGACCAGAUAAGUUUUAUUACGGAACAUUAACUUGGUCGUCCGUGCUGUGGGCAAAUAGUGGUACUGAUCUUUUUCGAACCGGAUUUGUGUGUUUCCAUGGUAAAGUUUUAGAGAGAGCUUUUAAACAGUUAAAACUGUUUGUUAAGCUAUAAAAUGCGAGGCAGAUCGUAGUGAUCUUAUGAAAUUUGGCGCAAAGAGCACUGUAAUGAAUCAUCCCCGCAAUCGAAGCGAUCGAACGUAGCGAGCCCACAGUGUAGCGAUUCAAAGCAACGCAGGCUUGAGUCAGAAUCAGAAUCAGUCUGUUUGCAUCAUAAACCGUAUCAGCGAAAUUUCGCAAGCGCGAAUUUUCGCUCCUGCCAAACUUCGUGGUCAUUCAACGAAAGUUUGCGGUUAUUCGUGCGAAAUUUCGUUGCGAAGUUUCGCGAGAACAAUUAAAGGACGAAAUUCGGCGCACUUCGAUCUCAUUACUUUUGCACAAUGCUAAAAGGACUGCAUCUAAGUUUACAUGUAGAAAAAGAAAAGAAAAUCUUUCUGUUGUGUUCAACUACUCCAUAAAGUCUGCGCGUGAAAUUAGGCAGUUUCAUGUAACUUUAUGUCGCUGUAGUGCAUUGACAGCUGAGAAAUUUUCAAUGAAAAGGCGUGAUACACUCGCAAAAUUGUUGUUUUGCUAUCAUAAACUAAUUGCUUGUUUGCUGUUAUCGUUGCUGUCGGGGUCGGCGUUCCUUACGCUCCCUAUUCUUUGUUUUUACUCACGUGGCCAGCAUCUAUGCAAAUUUAUCAGAAAAAAAGAAAUCGUUUACAUAAGAAAAGAGUUCAACUCCCACAGGACUGGUUUGGGACACAAACAUGGCCGCCGUUUCAUUGUUUUGGGCACAAAAAAAAAGGCCGUCAUAACGUCAUGUGAAAACACACAAUUGUUGUGAUCCAGAAGUUUUCCUACCCUGGUUACGUGACGUCAAGCUUCUCCUCCCUAUUGGCCCGAUUUUUUUAUCUAUAUAUUUUAGAUUUAUUUAAAGUCAGCUUCCUUAAACUCAGUAGCUAGAACUUAACUUUAACUCUCCUCCUCCUCCUCCACAACCCCCACACCCUUAAGUUUAACUCGGUAGAUAAAUAAAACAACAUUUACAGUAACGUACAUUUUAAUUCUGACUAAAAUUUCCAAACAAAACGAUCCUAUCGAAACUACCUUAUAAAAUAAAACUGGAACGACACGGGUCGGGCGGACAUCUUGGGUGGAAGUUCGAAGAGCGAAUACGCUUCGUUUUCUGUUCAUAACCAUAUCACAGAGUUGUUAAAAACAAUAAAUACCUUCUCUUUUCAUGCAGUCAACGGAGGUUACUCUGACUGGGGACCGUACUCACAAUGUUCAAAGACUUGUGGACGUGGUAAACAAACAAAAACCAGAACUUGCACCAAUCCCCCACCACAGCACGGUGGUAAUAAUUGCAGUAGCCUGGGACCAUCUAUGUCUUCAAGGGACUGCAACAACUUCCAAUGUAAAAGUAAGAAAGGUUUUUUUAUGGCGCCAACCUAUAUUUAGCUAGCUAAAAGCUAAAUCAACGGUCAGCCCAUGAUUAAUAUUUUUAGAUGCUGCUGAAUCAGAAACAGCUCACAGAACUCACGUAGCUAUAUAGGCGUUUAUAUCUAACUGCGGCAACCAGAGGAGUCCGCAAUCCUAAUCUGGAAGCUGCUAUUACGCGUGUCAAAUUUCGCUUGGACUUCCUCUAAGAAUGGGUAGAAUAAUAUAAAGCAAUCAGAUAAUGAGCGUUUUGACUUUCGAUCAGCUGAAAUUUACGCAAAGCAAAUAAUGCCCUAAAUAAAAAAUAAUAAUAAUUACCCUUUUGGUUGCUUGUAAUUCAGAUUUUGUCUUUGCUAAUGUAAUACUGAACUAUCAUGCGAGUGGAGAUUUCUUUCUCGCAUGGCUAUAAGCAUUUGUACAGUCGUUCGUGUAAACAAACCAACUAUGCAACUGACAGGCCACGCGAAACCUAUGCUUGUGACGAAAGCUAACACGUGCUCAAAAGAGUCGUCAACGCCACAGUGCAGCUUAGCACGCGCAACUGACAACACACUCGUCGGCUCCACUAUCUGUUAAAUGUAAAUGUUUUUGUCCGUUUAGCAUGUUAGGUAACAAAUUUAAGUGGCUCAACUUGUACUGGUGAGUUGUGGUUUACUUACUAAGCAAUUGAAGAAUUUAUUAUUAGCUAAUUUCUUAGACGGCGCUUCUAAUUGGACGGCUAAAAAACCCCAGCUUAGUUCUAAACAAAUAAGGGGGGACUUAGACGCUUCAAAGUUACAUGCUUCUGGUUUUGUUAAUCCCUGUUCUGCUUUUUACAUUGUAAAUACAUAAGAAAGAGUUUGCAGGCCGCUACGAGACUACGCGCGACAAAUUCAUAUACAUGUACAACAGCUUCCCGAGGAAUAAGCACCUUGUAGAUACAUAGAGACUCGCACACAUAGAGCUUGCGUUUGAUUUACAGGAAGCUCUCGGCAAGAAGGGGUUAACUGAUUUUAUCUUUUGAGGUAGAUUACACCGAAUGUUUAAACAUGUCUAAAUUUUACGUGGCCUUACCAACCCAUUUAAAAAAACACAGCUUCAAACACAGUGGAGAGAAAGAUCCUACCUGCAUCACAGUAACCCACUAUACAUAUUUAUUUUUAUUAAUGACAGAACCUUGGAAGCCCGUGGGAUGUUACCAAAACAGAGGAAGAGCUCUUGGUGACAUUCUAUUAGGAGUUGCAGGCAAUGCUACAAUGAUUUCGAAAUUGGACGCAUGCAAGAAGAAAGCUGCUUCAAAAGCUGUUGCCUUGUUCGGUUUAGAUGACAAAAAAUGCUGGACUGGGCAAAAUGCUUUUAAUUCCUUUUACAAAUAUGGGACAUCCGCUCAAUGCAGUUAUAGCAAUAACCACGAGGUAGCAAUCGGCAGCUUUGCAUCAGAAUCAAUUUACGUCUACCUAAUGAGUAAGAAAGGUAAAUACUAGAAAGGAGUUGGUGUAAAUCAAUCAUUGCCGAAAAAUACGUUCAAACUUAAAUUUCAGUGACAAAUGUCUCCAAGGAGUCACUGUGAACUGUCAUAGUAGUCUGGUUUAUUGAAAUUUUUUUAAAAUAGUUGUUCUGCUCUUAUACCAACCCUUAUCUGUAACGUCAACACGAAUAUUUAUAAAAGUUAAACAAUUCGCUUCAUUUACCCCAACAACAAUUGUAGUAAGGGGGAAAAUAUUUAAGUUUAUAUCAAUGUCAACGAAAAUAAAAUAACAGCAACGAGCUUUAUUUGCAUGAUCAUACAAGUACAUACAAUAUUGCAAAAGUUAUAUAAAGAAAAAGAACUAAAAUUACAUCAUAAGAGUCCAUCAGUUCAUUGAUCAAAUCAUUUACAGUUAGCUGGGUAAUAUUUGGAAUCAGAGUCUUGAUUUUGUUGUAAAAAUCAUUCCUAAUCAUAGGGUAUGUAAUGCAACGAAAAAGAAAGUGAACGUCCUCUUCUAUUAGAUUGGAUCCACAAAGAGGGAAAUGCCUAUUAUCUCUAGUAUUUUGGUUGUAUCUACCUAUUUCUAACAGUAGUUUGUGAUUGCCUAUUCGUAGUUUUACUAAAGCCCUCUCCCAGCAGUUCCUCUUGUUAAGUCUAGAUAGUUAGAGAUGGUAAGAUAUAAAAUACAAAAUACCAAUUGUAGUCCGACGGAAAAACAACCCAACCCUCUACUAAAGGCAACCUCUCUACUAUGGCCCAGUUCUUUCACCAAUUGGACAAUCAAUAUAUUCACUCCUGCCUUAACGUUUCCACAAUCGUCUCUCUUCCUCAACCGUAACGGCAACUCAAGUGCCGCCCCACCCUAAAUCCCAACCACCCCCGCCCCCCCAAAAAAUGGAAAAACGCGAACCAUGUACAAACUGAUCUAUCUACUGAACCUUCCCGAUUUGUUUUAUGAAUAUCCUUCUUCAUGUUUUAUGAUGUUUUUAGAUUUCUUCGCAAAAUAUGUGCCAUAAUGAGCAUUAAGACGGAAUCCACUAGGAGAUUGAGUAAUUUUAAUUUUCAGUGGACAAAAACCUUGUACCAGAAUAAUUUAAAGAAUAUGACAUUCUUUUUUACAUUUUUCAAGAGCUAAAGAUGUAACUAGUCAUCUGUAAUAACACCAAAGAAAACUUCUCAUGGAGUCCGAGAAAACGAAAUUUCAAAUUUCACAAGAAUAGUAAAACACAGGUAAAAUUCUGAAAAAUUAUCAUGUAAGAUGUAAUUUUGUGAAAUUUCACAUUAAUUUUCUCGGGCUACCAUAAGAAAUUUUCUUUGGUGUUACUAUAGAUCACUAAUCACAUAUUUAGCCCUUGAAAAAUGUAAAAAAGAAUGCAAUAUGCAUUAAAUUAUUCUGGUACAAGGUUUUUGUCAACUGAAAAUUAAGAUUACUCAAUUUCCUGGCGGAUUCCGUCUUAAUUCAAGUUAAACUUUAAAACCUUUUCCUAAAUAAGACGUGUCAGAUUCCCAUUUUUUACCCUUGGGGAAGAGCAGUAAGACGAUGCCGUCGGCUCGUUGAAAGAACUAAGGAUGAAUUCAUGAACUCUUUUUUAGGUGAUUUGGAGCAACUUGGUUGCUAUAGCAACAAAUCUCCCACCUACGCCUUACCGGAUUCAUUUGAUGACAACGUCAGCAGUGUGUCUGGCGCAGAUGCCAUUUUUAACUACUGCAAGACGAAAGCUGAAUCCUCUGGCUACAAGAUAUUUGGAGUAGACGACAAGAACUGCUGGUCGGACAACAUGAAGGAUUACCGUUAUGACAAAUACGGCAAAUCUAAGCAGCUAUGCUUAUUUAGCAAUGCUGGAACAGGUAAUGCGCAUGGCCAACACAAAUACGGAAACGUGUUUGUCUACAAAAUGGAAUGA